AUGUCGUCCAGAGAAGAAACGAAGGCACAGGAGACGGCCUCAUUAUCGGCGCCUCCUUUUCCGGUCCCUCCGGCCUCGACCCCGUUCUUCGAGUUCCAGGAAUGGCUUCAAACUGCCUCUCAUUGGCUACACAAGGCCGCACAGGUUUCGAAUCAACCUGAAGAGCGCGCCAAGAUCCAGAAAUACCUCGACAAGGAUACGUGGGAUGCGCUUUUUGGUUUGAUCUGGGAGCGUUGGAACACUAGCCCGACUCAGGCGCUGCUGAAGGAGGUGUUCGGGAAGGAGCUGAUCCUUCUCGAGCGAUUAUAUGAUACAGAGGAGGCGCGUGCUCGAUUGGAAGGCCUGUCCAUCAAGGCUCUUACAUUGAAUCGAUCAAUGAAGGGCACAUACUAUAUCUUCGACGUCCUUGUCAAGCGAACCGGAGCCAAGGUCUUUCUGGAUCGGGAGCCCAUGCUCGUACCAAGCAGCUUCGUCUUGAUGAAAGAGCUCUCUCUAGCACCGAGUGUAGGUCGGUCAAUAGCCAAUAUCUUGGCUCAACGACGGAAGGAAAUGAGUAAGGAGUAUGUCACAGCUGAAGAAGCGGACGCAGCCUGGUUAAAUAUUUGGCAAGAACCAUUACGGGAGUUCCUCUUGAACAGCUCGGAGCAAACUCUGAAGAACUUCGUUUUCUACCUUCUACCAGCACUAUUCAAACCCAGUUCGGGAGCUUAUCGCAUGUUCGUGAAGGUGCUCAGCAAGGAUUUGAACUCGACGAGUGUUCGUGGUCUGCAAGCGUUGAUGUCAACGUUGCAAGUGGGCAAGGAGAUCAGAUUAGUGGAGGACCUCAACGCUGCCCUGCUCGCUGAAGUCGGACUUCCAUCAAAUCUCCUUAUUGACCUCCUCACCCAUCAUUCGUCAUCACUACGCCUGUCCGCUCUGUCCUUGAUCACUUCGCACGGCCAUGUUUCCAGGCCUAUGUCGAUGGAAGCAUUCAAGCUGCUCAAGGAAAGUCUACCAGCGUUCUUCGCCAACACCGACGCUGACUUCAGACACAUCGUCUACGGCAACAUGCGUUCGCUGUUAGUUCGUUUGAGGGCUUCCGCUCACGGAUUGGCUCGUGAGGCGAAAAAGGCAAAGGACACAGACAAGCGUGCUGAGGCUGAGGCUACGCUCAACAACACGAAGGCGUUCUGCGAGUGGCUCGUUCAGUUCGUGAAGGAGGAGUUGCGUCCCGGCUCGUCUUACCAGCGUGUCACGAUGUCAUUGCGUAUUCUGGCUGCCAUGGCCAAAUCCGGGCUUGCAGCAGACGUUGAAUCUACGCUUAUCGAGCCAUCUGAGCUCAAGUUCCCCUUCCAGCUUCCCGUCUUCGAUGAAACCAUGACACGCCUUCUGAUCGAUCGUCUCCAGUCCGCAUUCGAUGAUGCGCGGCAAGGUGCGAUUGAGUUGCUUUAUAUGGCACCUACUCCCCUCGCUGGCUUGACUACGGAGGAGGGCGUCGCCAAGCUCCUUCAGAAGGCUGUUGGUCUGCUGGGAAGCACCCGUGCCGGUGAAGCUGAUGGAGGUGCAAGAGUAGUCCAGGUGAUUUACCAUAUCUACGUGAGCAAGGGAUGGAACCUUUCGCUUGCCGAUGCUAGUGAGAAAUCUUACGAGGACAACAAUGCUGCAUUCGUGGCGGAUUUGUUGAACGUUAUCGAGGCUUAUGCUAAAGCUGCUCACGAGGACCUCUUGUCCGCCGCUCAGACCAAGCCUUUGCAUGGUCAGCUCACAGCCUUGCGGUACGUGCUCGAGGAGCUGGACUAUGCGACGCCCAAGGUUGCCGAACAUAAGGCAGAGUGGCUCGCUCUCCACCAACGUGCACUUGCUGUGUGUCAGGACAUCUGGGCAGCUGUUCAGGGUGUUCUCACUCAGGACGCUCCUGAAGGCAACAUCACGUCUGACGUUGACUACGAGCCGACCACCGAGAUCGGCCCCACCACGCAGGUUAUCUCCAGUUUCUCCUGGAGAGCUAUCAAGGAAGCCGGUGCCCUUCUGGGCUUGCUGCUCACCAAAGCCCCUUACUCUGUGGUUGAGGGAGAGUCUUGGUUGUCCAUCAAUGACUUCUCCAUUGGUGGCGAGCUGUUCCAGACUUGGUUGACCGACAUUCGUCAUCGCGGUGCUUUCGCGGCUGUGCACCCGCAUUUUGUUGCGGUUUGUGCCAGGCUCUUUGCGUCAAAUGACGAGCAGUUGUCUAAGUUGCCCGAGGCAUGGCUCGAGCAGAACAUGGGCUUGAUCAUCUCCAAGUCGCAGUAUAUCACUCGUCGUUCGGGUGGAUUGCCUUUCUGUAUCACCGGUCUUCUGUCCGCCGAAAAGAACCCUGCAAGGCCUUUGCUGAACCAGACUCUCGCCCGUCUCUUGGAGGUUGCGUCUCAGCCUGCUAAGGUCCUUGCGGAAGGCGAGAAGCUUGACUUGCCGCAAGUCCACGGUAUGAACAUCAUCAGGGCUAUCUUCAUGGAGAGCAAGCUCGCCAUCGCUUCUAGCAGUCUCGUUGAGAAGGCCUUUGCCCUCACCAUCGCCUCCUUCUCUUCAGAGGUUUGGGCGAUCCGCAACUGCGCCAUGAUGCUGUUCAGCUCUCUCCUUAAUCGUGCCUUUGGAAACAAACGCUCAAGAGAUGAUUACUCGACCGUGAACAAGAGAAUCACUAGUAAGACGUUCUUCGAGAAAUACCCGUCGCUGCACCCCUAUGUUCUUGCUGAGCUCCGUAAGAGUGUCGAUCUCCUGAUGAAGACUGGCGAGGCCAAGGUUGAGUCUGGUCUCUUCCCUGUUCUCACUCUCUUUGCGAAGCUCGAGAUAACUCCUCAGUUGCACGGAGAACCUAGAUGGACCGCUAUGGAUGAGUUCAAGGACCUUAUCAUGGCCUGUUCAAGUAGCCGGGUUUGGAAGGUUCGCGAGAUGUCGGCAAAGGCAUUGCCAACCUUCAUCGAAGCUUCUGAAGUCACGCAGGCGAUUGUUGACAUUAUGGCGAGAUCGAACCUCUCUAACCAGAAUGCGCUCCACGGAAACUUAUUGCAGAUUAAGUUCUUGCUCGAGACUAGGGCGACUCAGUUGGUCGGUACCGAGUACUUUGCUGACUUUGCGAAGCGCGUGCCUCAGGCUUUGUAUGCCAAGUUCGUCGACUUCACUGCCAACAACGACAACUCUGUUACUCGAGGACUGUUUGUCGAGCUUUCCGGAACGCACUUCUUCGAUCUCACCUGGCUGAAGAGGGCCGUCGCGCAAACCGAUGCUGAUAUUGUGCUCUUCCUGGCCGAGUCCAAGGCUCUGCGAUUGCUCGCGGCUGAUUCUGGCGACCGCUACCUGUAUCCCCAGAACCAGCCCGAGCACUUCAUUGGUGAAUCUCUAUGGCGCGAGGCUCAAGCAGACCUCUUGAUGAAGGCGUUGAAUUCCGAAGACAGCAAGAUUAUUAGCAGCCGUCCGCCCAGCGGCACAGUCGUGCGACUCCUUCGUCAUCCUCAAUAUGAGGCAAGACUGAAGACCUUGGAACUUCUCGAAUCCGAUUUCCACAGUCACAAGUUCGCUAAGUCACCCGACGUGUUGAACGCUAUCUUGGCUAUCAUCGCCGAGGACUCUUUCGAUCAAGUUCGUAUUGCUGCAUUGAAGUGCUUGCUUGCACUUCACAGCCAUGCAUCUGUGACUCAGUUGCCAGGUGACAUGAACGAGGUGUGGAACCAGUUCAUCGACGCUGUCCAGCACCCAACCUCUGUUCCUGCUCAGGAACAAUCCUUGGCUGUUGCGGGAAUUGUGCUCAAGCAGAUCUGGCAAUCCGCGUUUGCUGUUGACAAGAAAUUCUCUAUGUUGCAGACUUGGAUCAACCUUCUCCAGGAAUAUGUGGACGAAGAGAAAGAGUACACUUCACGUAUUGCGGCCCUAGAGUCUCUCCGGGCUUUCAGUCCUGAGAUGGUCCUCUCCGCAAAGAACACCCAAGCCACGGAAGCUUUCCUCUCUAUCUACAUCAUCCUUCUUGAGCUUCUCGAGGAUGAUGAUGACGAGAUUAGGGAUGGUGCUGCCGAGAUUGUGUCCAUCGUUCUGGGCAGCUCCACCGUCUUCACUUCCCACAGGUCAUCUGUCCUCCUUGCCGAGCGUGUUGCAGAUGUGCACAAGUCCUCUUCCCAGCUGAGAGAUCUCAUCCUUGCUCAUCUGUCUGCGUAUGAGGGCACGGUUGACGUUUCUGAGCAACUUGAGAAGGCGAUGUCCGUUGACGCUACCCUCUUCAUCAAGGAGAAGCAGAACUUGUGGAAGGACGAACUUCGUAUGGCAACAUGCUGGACUUCCAUGCUUGCUCGUAUGGAAGUUCCCAAGGACAAUGUCUCUGCAUGGGCUGCCUCUAGCCUCGCAGCGCUCAAGAGCUUGAAGAAGGAGGAUGGUUGCCUCGGAUGGACAUCGGAGGAGGACGUCUGGUCUAUCGGUGCUAGGGCCAUCAUCUCUGCCAAGCUCUGCAACCUCAACGAUGACUUGGCAAGCAUUAAGAAGACGGCCGAAGAGCUCAACUGGCACAACCUCUGGAGAGAGCAGAUGACCAUUCAGUAA